AUGCUGAUAACAUGUGUGCGUCCAGCAAUCACCCUCAAAUCAAUACUGGAGAACACCGUCAAUCAGACAGCUUUCAUUCUUCAACAUGUCUUCAUCGACGCGCUUCCAGGUCGCGUUCAACGUCGCAGCAUCUCACUUACGGAGAUCGAGUUCUUCUACAUCAUUACUCUCGCACAUUUCAAUGAUCCAUGCUCCACCGAGGCAGGCGCGAUCGAGGAUCGAAUGGAGAAGCUUCGUCAGAGUCGUGAUCGAUUGAGGACAGUUCUCGCCAGACAAGUGCCCGUAGCUGACGAGAAGGCGCGAAUAAUCGAACGCCUGGAGCAACUGCACAACAAAUCCGAAGCCGCUGUUCAAACAGCCAAAGACGCCGUGGAUACGGCUCGUCAACAGCUGGAUGACCUCAAGAAUUUCGACGCCUACGUUGCUCGCACUAAACAGGAAUUGGAGGCAAUGUCCGUCAUCAGAGCGGAGAUAAGUGACGAUCUGGAUCGCGUUCACAGUCAAGUUCAGGGCAUCCAUCUGCAGGUCGACGACGCCUUCAACACUGCCAAGCUUCUCCAGACGACUGUGUCCAACUUUGCGCAACAAAUCAAGGCCCUGAAAGACGAUGUAAGCGAGUUGGUUGCCUCUAGGCGUUGA